CCAGCUGCUACGCUCUUUGUAUAUAUUUUCUACCGACCUGUUCCAUCUUUAUUACUCUUUUUAACACUUCUUUCUCCCUUUCAAAUCUUCCACAAUAAGUUAUUUUCUGCUUUAAUCUUCCUCUUCCUGUUCCUGUUGCUUUCCUUGGGAAUGUUGGGCCUAGAAAUGUCUUUACACCCUCAACAAAACCCUCAAAAUCCUCAAAUUCAAAACCCUCAAAACCCUCACAAUUUACAUAAUCAAUCUCAAAUGCUUGCUGCUUAUUCUCAUUCUCACCAGCAUGACACUGAUCACCACCACCACCACUCACAAUCCCAAUCCCACCAAUUGGCGAAACAACAUGCUUCCUUGUUUAACCCCAAGCCAAAACAGCAACUUUCGCCUCUCAGUGAUGAAGAUGAACUUGGAUUUGCCCCGGAUGACAAUGCUGGAGAUGGCAAGAGAAAGGCAUCUCCUUGGCAGAGAAUGAAGUGGACUGAUAGCAUGGUUAGGCUUCUUAUAAUGGCUGUUUUUUAUAUUGGUGAUGAAGCCGGAUCCGAAGGGAAUGAUAAGAAAAAGGCGGGUGCUUUACUUCAAAAGAAAGGGAAGUGGAAAUCAGUUUCGAGGGCAAUGAUGGAGAAAGGGUUUUAUGUGUCUCCACAACAAUGUGAGGAUAAAUUUAAUGACUUGAAUAAGAGGUACAAAAGGGUUAAUGAAAUACUUGGUAAGGGAACUGCUUGCCGUGUUGUGGAGAAUCAGAGUUUACUGGAUACUAUGGAUUUGUCGCCGAAAAUGAAGGAGGAGGUUAAGAAGUUACUUAAUUCGAAACAUUUGUUUUUCAGGGAAAUGUGUGCGUAUCAUAAUAGUUGUGGUCAUGUUAGUGGUACUAAUGGAGCUACUAGUGGCAAUCACUCACCAGAGGUAACAACGGAUCCGUCUCAGGUCCAGCAUCAACAAUCACAACAACGGUGCUUGCAUUCAUCGGAAAAUGCCCAUGGUGGGGCUAAUUCGAGUAGAAUGGGAAUGGAAGGAUCAAAAAUGGUAAAAGUGGGAAGUGAAGAAGAGGAUUAUGAGGAGGAUGACACCGAUGAUGAGGAUGACGACGAUGAUGAUGAUGAAGCGAUAGAAGGAAAUUCAAGAGGCCAAAAUGGGCAUGGGCAAGAAGAUGAUGAUGACAACGAUGAGAAACCAUCUCGAAAAAGGGCAAGAAAAGGCGUUUUCUCUGCUACCUUGUCACCAUUAAUGCAGCAAUUGAAUGGUGAAGUAAUGAGUGUGAUUCAAGAUGGAGCUAAGAGUGCAUGGGAGAAGAAGCAGUGGAUGAAGAUGAGGUUAUUGCAAUUGGAGGAGCAGCAAGUGAGUUAUCGAUACCAAGCUUUUGAGCUUGAGAAGCAAAGGUUAAAGUGGGUGAAGUUCAGCUCGAAGAAGGAGAGGGAAAUGGAGAAAGCAAAGCUUAACAACGAGCGAAGGCAGCUUGAGAACGACAGAAUGGUGCUUGUUCUUAGGCAGAAGGAGCUUGAGUUGCUUGAUCACCAUCAUCAUCAUCAACAACAACACUCAUCAAACAAGAGGAGUGACCCAUCUUCCAUUACUGCUUAAAGUGUACAAUAUAUAGAUCACAUUACAUAGGUUAUAACAGAUAAAAUGGUGGUUUUAUUUUUUGUUUUCUCAAAUCUUUGUGUAUUAAAUUUUGUACUUAUAUAUGAAUCAAGUACGUUCACUUUCUAAUAAAUAUUUUAGUGUUCAUUUAGGCUAGAGAAAAGGCUGAUUGUAAAGGUAAAUUUUGUGUUUAAGAAAGGAAAUUUU